UACACAAAGAAAGAAUUCAAAUUCAAAAACCUCCUCCCCCUCUCUCUCUUCUCUUCUGCAUCAAUUCUCCUCUCCACUCUCUCCAGUACCCACCCAAAAACGCCAUGGCCACACCCAGCAGCAAAACCCCUUCCACCAAAACCAAAUCGAUGCCGGCCCGACCCGCUUCCGAUUUCAAGACCCGGUUCGACGCCUACAACCGCCUCCAGGCGGCCGCGGUCGCAUUCGGCGAGAACCUCCCCAUACCGGAGAUAGUCGCCGUGGGCGGCCAGUCCGACGGCAAGAGCUCUCUCCUCGAAGCCCUCCUCGGGUUCCGGUUCAACGUCCGAGAAGUCGAGAUGGGCACCCGACGGCCUCUCAUCCUCCAAAUGGUCCACGACCCCACCGCAUUAGAGCCCCGGUGUCGGUUUCAGGAAGAAGAGUCUGAGGAAUAUGGAAGUCCUAUUGUUUUAGCAUCUACAAUUGCAGAUAUCAUAAAGUCACGGACUGAAUCACUUCUGAAGAAGACCAGAAGUGCAGUGUCUUCAAAGCCAAUUGUGAUGAGAGCAGAAUAUGCCCAUUGUCCUAACCUCACCAUCAUUGAUACGCCAGGCUUUGUUCUCAAGGCAAAGAAGGGUGAACCAGAGAAUACACCUGAAGAAAUUCUGUCAAUGGUGAAGUCGUUGGCUAGUCCACCCAAUCGCAUUGUCUUGUUCCUUCAGCAAAGUAGUGUGGAAUGGUGCUCGUCACUGUGGUUGGAUGCUGUUCGCGAAAUUGAUCCAACAUUUAGGCGGAUAGUAGUUGUCGUCUCGAAAUUUGACAAUCGGCUCAAGGAAUUUACUGACCGGUGGGAAGUGGAUCGUUAUUUGAGUGCCAGUGGUUACCUGGGAGAGAAUAUUAAACCAUUUUUUGUGGCUUUGCCGAAGGAUAGGAACACAGUUUCAAAUGAUGAAUUCCGCAGGCAAAUAUCUCAGGUGGACCUCGAUGUAAUACACCAUCUGCGUGAGGGUGUUAAGGGGGGAUUUGAUGAAGAAAAGUUCAGUUCCUAUAUUGGGUUUUCCUGUCUCAGAGAUUUUUUGGAAUCUGAGCUUCAAAAGCGCUACAAAGAAGCCACACCCACUACUUUAGCUUUGCUUGAACAGCGCUGCAGCGAAGUCACUGCUGAAUUGUCCAGAAUGGAAACCAAAAUACAGGCUACUUCUGAUGUCUCUCAUCUUCGGAAAUCUGCAAUGUUGCAUGCUGCUUCGAUCUGCAAUCAUGUGGGAGCACUGAUUGAUGGAGCAGCUGACCCUGCCCCAGAGCAAUGGGGGAAAACAACAAAUGAGGAACAGUCAGAGAGUGGUAUUGGGAGCUGGCCUGGCAUUAGAGCAGAUAUAAAACCUCCCAAUGCCACCCUACGUCUGUAUGGUGGGGCCGCUUUUGAAAGGGUUAUGCAUGAAUUUCGUUGUGCUACAUAUUCCGUCGAAUGCCCCCCCGUAUCAAGGGAAAAAGUGGCGAAUAUAUUACUUGCGCAUGCGGGCCGUGGUGGGGGUAGAGGAGUCACAGAGGCAGCUGCAGAGAUUGCACGUGCUGCUGCCCAGUCAUGGUUAGCUCCUCUUCUCGACACGGCAUGUGAUCGGCUUGCCUUUGUUUUGGGGAACCUCUUCGAUCUUGCUGUGGAGAGAAACCAUUGCCGAGACUCAGGCUAUGGCAGGAAAACUGGAGAUAUGGAUGGCUAUGUUGGUUUUCAUGCUGCUUUAAGGCACUCUUACAGCCGCUUUUUGAGGGAUAUCACAAAACAGUGCAAGCAAUUAGUUCGGCAUCACCUUGACUCAAUUACUAGCCCGUAUUCUCAAGUCUGUUAUGAGAAUGACUUUAUGGGGACUUAUGGUUCAGGUGCAAGCUACACUUCCAAAUCCAACCAAGCUUCAGCUACAUCAUUUUGUCUUGAGCUAUCGGACGGAGGGCCCACAUUGGAAGAUGAACCCAUGAAAGACCAAGAGAAUAUACCUCCAGAAAAAAAUGCCCACCAAACAACGCCAGGAAAAGUUACAGAAGCCAGAGAAGUUCUUAGGGAAAGCCAAAUGACUGUACCUGAGACUCCUUCGCCAGAUCAGCCAAGUGAUGGAAAUAAUGUUGGCAUUAAGAAGGAACUUGGAAACUGCAUUGAGGUAGGAGCAAGAAAACGGCAUCCUAGAAUAGUCGGCAAUAGCAGAAAUUCGGAUCAUUUGAGAGUCCAGAAUGGUGGUGGUCUUUUAUUCAGGGGUGGGGAUAGCAGUUCACGAUCAGGGUCAGCUUACUCAGAGAUUUGUUCUUUGGCUGCACAGCAUUUUGCACGGAUACGUGAAGUUUUGGUUGAGCGGAGUGUGACAUCAACUUUGAACUCUAGUUUCUUAACUCCUUGCCGGGAUCGUCUUGUGGUAGCACUUGGGCUGGAUUUGUUUGCUGUCAAUGAUGAGAAAUUCAUGGACAUGUUUGUUGCACCUGGAGCAAUUGACAUCCUACAAAAUGAACGGCAGUCUCUUCAGAAGCGUCAGAAAAUAUUGCACUCUUGCUUGACCGAGUUCAAAACUGUGGCACGUACACUUUGAUGAAACCUCUCUCUGUCUCUCACACAAAACUGCAUUGACGCCACUGAGAAAUAGUUCAUUGGUUCACCAUCUUGUGAGCAUUCACAUUAACUCUGCAAAUAGGGUUUCACAGCAUCCUUUCUCAGGAUAAUGUUCGUACAAACUGCUAACAAACCACAAAGAAGUGAUUGAAGAUUUUUCCUCUAAGUUUUCAUGCCAGGAUUUUCUAAUGUCUUCCCAAGUAGAGUUAUGUCCAUUUGGCUCAGUGCAGACCAUGCUCAUAUUGCUAGUUGUGAUUGUAUUGUUUCGGAUCAGAUUUAGGUGAGGUGUAAUCAUUGUUUGUGCUGUAUAACAAUGAGUUUUUUCUUAACAGAAACAAAUGGCUGCAUUCAUGAAAAGCCUUCUGGCACUGCAGAUGAUUGAAACUUGCUUAUUUUGGAUGUGUCAUAGUUUCUUAGUCUCUGCUUUCGGCUGUAUAACAAUGAUUGAAACAUGCUUAUUUUGGCCAGAGUGUUGUGGAAUUUAAUCCAUCUUGUCUA